UUAGGUUGUGCUUGUGCGUACUACGUUGCAUCGAGACAAAGUUUUCGAGUAAAUUCUUUUAAUCGGUUAUGUUUGGGGUAGAACUUCUAAUUGAAGUGCUAUCUCAGCCGCCGUGGGAUAAUCUUUGGCUGCUUCUGUUCUGCAGUUUGAUCGACGGCAUAGCGCCAGCGGUGUUGAUGUUUUGGGUCUAACCUCUGCAUCUUAUCUGAACAUGGAGGGCGACGAACUCGGCAAUGAGCUCGUCCGAUUAGACGGAGGCUUCUUGGUCGACGAAGAGACUUACGUUGUUAAUUCAGACGAUGUACUCGAUCAAGAAGAGAAUAAUUCUGACUCUUGCAUGGGCAAACAUGCACCACUUAGGGAGCAGGACAGAUUUUUACCCAUAGCCAACAUUGCCAAAAUUAUGAAGAGGGCCAUUCCAGAAAAUGGCAAGAUAGCUAAAGAUGCCCGGGAAUGUGUUCAAGAAUGCAUCUCCGAGUUCAUUUCAUUUGUCACAAGUGAGGCCAGUGACCGGUGCCAGGUGGAGAAGAGAAAGACCAUCAAUGGAGAAGAUGUCCUGUUUGCUAUGAAUACAUUAGGUUUUGACAACUAUGUGGAACCCUUGAAACUCUAUUUGAAGAAAUAUAGAGAAAUUGUACUUUCUCCUGUAACAAUUCAGAAAAUUAACAAAACAAUAGUGCUGUAUGAAGAUGGAAUACCGGACCAGGCCGAGAAUGACAAUGAGACACAGACUGAGACCACAGUGAUAUACACGUCAUACCCUAAAGGCAUGGACGAGUUCACACUGGGAUGAGAUGUGAAAACGCAACUUAUCAAGUUAGCUUAUGACCAUGCAGACAUUGUUAGCAAAUAUUGAGUGUACACCACACAAGUGCUAGUUUUAAUUUAAGCCUUUGAAUGCCACGCCUAUCGCAUUCGGUGCUUCACAUUGACGGAAUGCACGAAGGCUAUAGUCGCGCGCAUCAACUGACGUAUUUGGUAUUCAAUGGGUUAAUAAGGUGUUGUAAAAGUAACUAGAUGAAAAGUAGCAUUGUAAUCCAUAAAGAUCACACAUAUGUACUUAAUGACAUUGUCAACUGAGAUAUUUUCAAAAUGAUUUCUUUUAUAUUUUUCAUCCUUACAGGUUAAGUGAAACUUUGUUAAUGAUUGAUCAUCGAUGUAAAAA